UCAGACCCAGACAAUUUCAUUGAAGGGAACAUUGACUUUAUAAUAGCUUUUGUUUGGAACUUGGUGCUGUAUUAUCUUAUAAUUCCCCUGCAAAUCAUGUUUGGAAAAACGCAGACUUCGGCCAGAGACUUCGUCCUAUCUUGGGUUCGUGAAAAGCUUCCAGACCGAAAUGUAACAAACUUUGAUAAAGACUGGAAGGACGGGGUGUUGAUAUGUGAAUUAGUGAACGCGACUCAGCCUGGUUUAAUUCCUCUAAAACUUUAUGCUGACAAAUCUAAUGGCGAAGGAAACGCAAAGCUAGGGAUGCAGAUUGCGCAUGACGCGUUCGGAAUACCGCAGGUCAUUUCCCCGUUUGACUUGGCGUCUGGACAACUCGACGAACUCAGUCUUUUAACUUAUUUAGCGCUAUUUUGCAAGUACGAGAGCCUGCACAAAGGCACUGGGAACGGAAAAAGUCAGAGUGCACGGCGAGCGACCUCGGAUCAAGACAUUGCAUGUAAGGCUUAUGGCGCAGGGCUGAGAUCGAGUGAACUCGGAAAAGUUGCUGAGUUUGUAGUGGAGUUAAACGGUGCGAAACCCACUGAUAUAACCACUGCAAUCGAAUGUAAGCCACUUCGAGGAGCUGUACAUGACGAUAAACCUGAUCUUAGCGUAAAACCCGUUAACAAGAAUACUUACUGUGUGAAAUACUUGCCUACCAGACCUGGAGAUUACGUCAUCAGUAUUCUACACUGUGGGGCGCACAUACUCAGAAGUCCGUUUUAUCUCACAGUUCCUGCGCCAAAUGGUGUACACACUCCAAAGGCGCCCUCGAAGUUUCACGCACAAGACCUUUUGGAUGGGACCUCAUCUAAUGGGCUUAAAAUGUCUCCAAAUGGUAGUCAUUCAGGAGCGUCUAGCCCAUCUACAAGCCAGACAAGCUCCCCAUAUCAAUCUUCAGAUGAAGAAAUGAAAAACCACCCACUCAAUCCUCCCUCCUUGAACAGUUCAUCUUCACCGCCCAAAAUUCCGGUGAACACCGCAGAUGGACCGGGCUUGAUUGCAGGCGAGGUUGGACGUGUUGGUAAAUUUUCUGUUACCACUGACAACUCUACAAAAGGCCCCUUGAGCGUCUGCAUUAGCUGUCCAGCCGUUUCAAUCCCUGUUCCUUACGUCAAAAGCGUCAAGAAAGACGGUUUCACCGAUCACACUGUGCUGUACAUUCCCACGGAACCUGGAGCUUACGAAGUGUUUAUCAAAUGGGGUGACCUGCCAAUCAAUGGGAGCCCCUUUAAAGUUUACAUCAACAACGUGUCAGAAGAUAGCCUCGUCAACGGGAUCACCCGAGGGAAAGAAGACCUGGGCGGGCGAGGAAGAAUUCGGGUGUACUACGCAGCAACGUCCACGAAUCUGAAGGUUCGCAAGGACAACGAACUGCUAGGAAAAUUCUUAAAAGAGAAAGAGAUCUCUAGCCGUCCUGACUUUGAUCCAUGGAUUGCUCUUGAUGUUGGAAUGAGCAAGGUGGAGAGGGACAAAGUCUUUUCCAAGGCUGGGACCAGGAAAACGCCCAUGAUGUUUGCUAAUGAUGUGUUUAUAGGAAGCUACGAGGACGUCUUCAUCAUGGAUAAACAGGGAUUGUUUGAAAAGUACUUGAAGUAA